GUCCCUAAGACAAAAAGGCAAAUUUUAAGCUAUAUAAGCCAGUUUUAUGACCCGUUAGGUCUAGCUGGACCCGUUUUUGUCCAAGCAAAAAUAAUCAUGCAAAAGUUAACUCAGUCUUGUACUGACUGGGACUCUGAGCCCUCACCAAUGCUAUUUAAAGAAUGGCUAGAUUUUUACAAUGAUUUGCAGGCAAUGAAAGAGAUUAAAAUCAAACGAAAUGUUACUGUUGACAAUAUUCAGUCUGCUCAGCUUGUAGCAUUUGGUGAUGCCUCAGUUUCUGCAUAUGGGACUGCUAUUUAUCUGAGAGUCACUGACAAGUAUGGUAAAGUAUCUAUGUCUCUUCUUUGUUCUAAGAGUCGCAUUGCAUCUAAAGACAAGAAAUUGACUGUGCCACGAUUAGAAUUAAAUGCAUCACUUUUAAUGGCAAAAUUAUGCUUGAGAGCAUACAAUACAUUAAGUAAGAAGAUUUCUAUUGAAAGUGUGCAUCUUUUCAGUGAUUCUCAGGUUGUUCUGGCAUGGCAAAAGACGGAUCCAACAAUGUUAAAUGCUUAUGUUGCUAAUAGAGUCAAAUUAAUCAACGAAUAUACAAAGGGUUUUCAAUGGUUGUAUAUAAAAACUGACCUCAAUCCCUCUGACUGUUUGAGUCGAGGUGUACAACCCAGCGAACUACAAGGUAACCAACUGUGGUGGUGUGGUCCAGCUUGCAUGUCUGAUCCAGAGUAUAAAUUCACCGAUGACUGUAAGAAUGUACCUGACAACUUACCGGAGAUCAAGCAUGCAGAUGGAUCCAAGCCGGUGUGCAUGGCAUCAUAUCAAUCGGUUUCUCUUGCAAAUGAUUUGUUAGAUAAGUUUUCUAACAUUAAUAAGGCAGUAAAUGUGCUUGCUUAUAUACAAAGGUUCUGUAAAAAUGUGAGGCUGGGUUCACAAAAAGUUAAGCUUAAUUUCAUUACAUUUAGCGAGGCCACUCAGGCAUUGCAUUUAAUUAUAAAAAAUGAACAGGAAAAGUUCUUUGAUAAAGAGCUAACCUCAUUGCGGGCAGGUAGGCAAGUUGCAUCGUAUUUGCUGUCUGUCAAUCCCUUCAUUGAUGCUAAUGGCAUUCUCAGAGUAGGUGGACGUUUGCAACAUUCUUCCUUACCUUAUAGUCAAAAGCAUCAGAUAAUCUUACCUAAAGAGUCUAAGGUGACUCACCUUAUUAUUGAAAAUGAACAUUUGAAGCUGUUACAUGCCAGUCAAAAAGAAGUGCUUAGCAAUUUAAGUCAACGUUAUUAUAUAGUAAAUGGUUUGCGAUUGGUAAAAAAGUUUGUAAAUAGAUGUCUCACAUGUUUUAGACUAAAAGGUGUAACCGCAAAACAGCUGAUGGGUUCAUUGCCCGCUGGUAGGGUCAACAUAGAUCGUGCGUUUGCUAAGGUUGGCAUAGACUUUGCGGGACCAAUCCUAAUAAAGCAGUCAAGAGUGAGAAGUGUCAUCACUACAAAAGGUUACAUUGCUGUGUAUGUGUGCUUCGUUACCAAAGCAGUACAUUUAGAGUUGGUGUCAGAUCUGACUACUGAUACAUUCUUGGCUAGCUUCAAACGUUUCAUUGCAAGACGUAAUGUUCCAACCGAGGUUUAUUGUGACAAUGCUGCUACUUUUAAGUCAGCUAGUACUCAGUUGUCUGAGCUAUAUAAAUUAAAUAAUAAUAGAUGUCAUCAAAUGCAAGUUUGUAUACUGCCUUUAGAUGAAUAAUAUUUUUCUUUAAACAAAAUGUGUUAUGUGACACUUUCAUAAUAUGCUAUGUUGAUAUUUAGUUCAGUGUAUUAUGACAUGGCUAAAAAUCCUACUAAAUUAUAACUGUUCUAUGAGUAGGUAGUCAUGGUAUGGAUUAUUUAUGUUGAUGCUGGUUGCAUCCAAUGUUUAUUUUGUUCUAUAAAAUGUGUCUUAUGUUAUUUACUAUUUCAUAACUACAUCAGCAAUCUUGUGAAAUUGCCUACAUAGCUGCUUAUUAAGUUUUUUAGUAAGUGUUAACAUAAUUUCAAUUUACAAACCUUAAAAGAUUACAGUCCACUCAAAUAUAAAGCUGUGUAAUGCAACUAUGCAAGAAGCUAAUAAAAAUGUAGUAAUAUAUAUUUAAGAAGCUAUUGAUUUCAAGCCUAUUUGUUAUUUUCUGUCGGCGGAGUAUGUUGCAGAAUGUAGUUUGUAUACCUAUGUAUGUCUUAUGACUAGCAACAUUAAUAUUCAUGGUUUCCAUGGUAACAUAUGUACAACUUUCUUCUUGGACAAUAUAUCAUUCGUCUCACACGUA